AUGGAGGUGGAGGCCGAGAACGUCGCCGGAGCGGAAGUGCAGCUGCCCGAAACGAACGAAGGUACCGCCGCCAACACGAGGAAGCGGAAGGCCACCUCCGAAGCCGACGAAUCUCAGGGCGCCCCCUCCGAAUCGCCCUCUGCUGAAGAUGCCGAGGGCGGAGCAGCAGCAGCGCAAGCAGCCGAGGGAGCCAAGCCCAGUGCCGAGCCGGGUCAACAGGGCGCCACCGAUCAGCCACUAUCGAAGAAGGCCAUGAAGCGAUUGAAGAAGGCCGAGGAGAUGAAGGUGAAACGUAAAUUUCAGCGCGCGCAGCGCAAGGAGCGGCAGAAAAAGGCCAAGGAGGAGGCCAAGGCUCGCGGACCCCGCGUGCUGGCCGAGGGCGAGGACCCACCCAUGUCCAAGUGGAAGCAAAAGAAGAAGCUCACGCGCGAGCGCGUCACCCUGCCGCAGCGCGUCGUCAUCGACUGCUCCUUCGAUUCACAAAUGACCGACCGCGAGGUGGUCAGUUUGGUGAACCAGCUGGCGCGAUGCUACUCGUGCAACAACGGAUCGACGCACUGCCUGCAGUUCCAUCUGACCUCGUUCGGCGGCAAGACCGAGGAGCGACUCAAGACCGUUCUCUCGGGCUUUGAGAACUGGAGAAAUAUUACGGUGGAUCCGAGGGGCUACAUGGACGUGUUCAAGAAGGAGGAGCUGGUCUACCUCACGGCCGAGUCGCCAAACGUCAUCCAAACGCUGGAGGAUGACAAGGUCUACAUCAUCGGUGGCCUCGUCGACCACAACCGACUCAAGGGGAUCACCUACAAGAUAGCACAGGAGCAGGGCAUCGCCACGGCUCAACUGCCCAUCGGCGAAUACCUGCAGAUGGCCUCACGCAAGGUGCUCACCGUCAAUCACGUGUUCGAGAUCCUGCUCAAGUUCAAGCUGAACAACGAUUGGGAAAAGACGCUACUCGAAGUGGUGCCCAAGCGGAAG